UAAACGCUAACAUUAGCUAACACUUGUCAGUGACGACUGUCAACAGUGAAAUACAUUGUUGAAUUGGUGAAAUACAUAAUUGGACAUUUUAUUCAAAGGGUGGCCACGUAAUUUUUGUCUCUGACGGUAUGUUAUGUCAUGGGUGCUAGACCGUCUGUCUCCCUUAGGGGCCCCCCUGUUCGAGCAGUAUGAGUCAGGCCCCGCGACCUGUGGGUGCUGACCCUGGUGACCUAAGAGACCGCCUGUUCGAACUGUGGACCUGCAAAGACAUGGAGGGGCUGGGCCUUGUGGCCGCAAAGGGCUUCUCGGAACUGGGGGAGCCCCUGGCCGGCCUCCUGGAGGUGCUUGAGGGCUGCCCCGGCUCCCAGAAGGGCAAAUCUUCCACCCUGGGCCAGUUCAUCCUGGGCGAAUUCCUGCGCUGGAGGCCACAGAAGCCCCAGGCCUCCCUGAUCAGGGUGCCGGCCGAGCUGGUGCCCGGGCUGCAGAGGCAGGCCCUGGGGCUCAUUUGCGACUCUCGGCCCGGCUACAUGGAGCCCCUGCUGGAGAUCUACCAGCUGGGCAGCCUAGAGAGGGGUGUGCUGCUGAAACACGUGGGCUAUCUGUGGGACUGCUGCUCCUACAGAGAGGCUGCAGUGCUUGCUAUGAAACUGGAUCUCCAAGCAGACCUGGAUAUGGAGAAGAUGUGUGUGCCUCUGGUGCUGCUGGAUAAGCUGCCUCUAGCUGAGGCCUAUGUGAAGGGACGCCUGGAGCUGCAGGAUAGACUGGUCACAACGCUGGACUCCUGGUGCUCCCCCCAGUUCAGCCUGGACCAGCUACGCAGGCAGUAUCCGCGUCUGUGCCUCUCUAAACACCAGACAGACCAGAUCCACCCAAAAAUGAUUGUAAAACACGUGUUCCGGCUGAUGGAGAAGUUCAACAUUGAUCCAGCCAAGUGCAGUAACUCAGUGCACAAGAGGAAGUUGGACUCUCUCCGCUUUCUCAUGAUGAUGCACUUCAGAGAAGGUAGAAUGUCUGAGGAGAACUGGAGUGAUCAUGUUCAGGCCACUGUGGAGGGCAGUCUGGAGCUGCAGGUUCAGCUGGUGGAGUUGCUGGUUAGGCACAGUACCCUGCAGCAGGCUGCUGAAUGGGCACACUACUACAACCUCCCUCGAAACAGACUACCGUUUGGGGUGUGGGACACCACCCAAAGCCUUCCACCCUCACAGCCUGGUGUCGCUCCCGUGUGCUGUCCUUCCUCGGACUUAUGGGAACCUUCCCAGAACCACCAGCAGCGGUACUACCAGCUGCCUGUUGCCAGGGAUGACGUGCACUUCCUGUCCACACUAGAGCAACUGGAGCUUUGCCAACAAACUGUCAUGCAGCCUGGCGUUGUGGUGGGUGUUGACAUGGAGUGGCGGGCAGGCUUCGGCACCACGAGCCAGCAGCGGGUGGCUCUGAUCCAGCUGGCUGUGCCGGGUUCCGUGUUCCUGCUGGACCUUUGCGCCCCGGGCAUCAGACAGGACCCGCAGACGAUCCGCUUCAUCCGUGAACUCCUCUCCCACAAGAACAUCCUCAAACUGGGUUAUGGGAUGUCUGGGGAUCUGAGGAGUCUGGUGGCCACUUGGCCUGAGUUCUCUGAGGAACCGCCAAAAGUGGAUGGAAUGUUAGACCUGCUCCAAGUGCAUCAGAAGAUCCAGAUGAGCCGGCGUGGGUUUGAGGGGGGGCGCCGGAGCGUGGAGGUGGGAGGUGCUGGUGAUGGUGGUGGUAGGGGCACGGCAGAGAAGGGGCUGAGCCUGCUUGUGCAGCAGUUGCUGGGGAGGCCACUGGACAAGCAGGAGCAGCUCUCCAACUGGGAGCGCCGGCCACUGAGGUUCAGCCAGCUGCGCUACGCAGCGGCCGAUGCUUGCUGCCUGCUGGACGUGUACUCUGUUCUGAAGGCGAACCCGGCGCGCUUCGGUCUCCCGGCAGACCUGCGCUCUGUGGCGCACGGCCCAUCUGACUCGGGCAAGACCAAAGAAGAGAGGACGCCCAAGGACAAGAGCAGGAAGGGGCGCAAGAAGACACGCGAGCAGAAAGGCUCUGAGCAGGCCCCUGCUGUGGGGACGUUGGCCCAGCGGUUUGGGCCGAGUGAUUGGGAAGGGCCGAGUGUGUCUCCCCAGGAGCUGAGGGUGGUGUGUGACAACAUGCUGCAGGGCCUGGGCCGCUACCUGCGCUGCCUGGGGGUGGAUGUGGUCAUACUGGAGAACGAGGAUGAUCACAAAGUAGCCGCUAAGCUGGCCCGCACUGAAGACAGGGUCAUCCUCACCUCCGGCCAGCCGUACCAAACCCUGAAGUCUCAGGUGGCAGAGGGCCGCUGUUUGGCACUGGACUGCACGGACAAGGCGCGGGACCAGGCUGUUCAGGUCAUCAGACACUUCCACGUGGGACUCACCCGACACGACAUAUUUAGCCGAUGCCAGGCGUGCAACAAUGAUGAAUACCUGCGCUUGCCCCAGGAGGCCAUGACACACCUGAUGAAGGAGAGAGGCUUGGUGCCGGAGCAGGCUCCCCCCAGCGAGGAGGUCUGGGACGACCACUACGAGCCACUGGCGUCCUACAACAGCUGGAGGAACCCCCAGGACCCGAGCUUUACCCCGCGCUGCCGCUGGGCCCCCGAGGGCGCCCUGGACUCGCGGACGCUGGGCUUCCCGAGCGGCGCCGUGGUCCAGCUGGAGACAGUGCCGCCAGGCCUCCUGCCCCGAAUCCCCGAAUUCUUCAUCUGCACCGGCUGCGGCAAGGUCUUCUGGGAAGGCACGCACUUCGACCGCGUGCUCAGCCAGUUUCAAGACUUGCUGCACAUCAACGAGGAUGCGCCAUCCACCGCCCCACGGGCCUGAACAUGACUUCCUGAAGAAGUCUUCACUUCCCUGUGGGUUUACAGCAAAGCACCCUGGGAAACCCGUGCACCAUGGGGUGUUCCUCCAAUCUACAUCAUAGUUAAGACUCGUACUCGUACAUAUUGUGUUAUGGAUUGUUUUACUAUCCUUAUUAAAGACAGCAUUGCUGCCAAAUAUUUUAUGGCGAUAUUUGUCAGGAAUUAUUGUGUAUUUUUUUUACAAACUGUUGUUGUGUGACAUGACAAAUGCCUGAGAUUUGGGAAAUACAGCCAUUGGAGGCUAGACUGUUUUUUACUAGACAUUUUUUUCAUGGACCUCUAUGUAAAUUGUAUAUUUUCGCUCCCACUCUUGCUCUCACAAACUCUGACAGACACACACGCACACACACACACACACACACACACACACCACACACAUACACAUGCGUGCACAUUUAAUUGGUUGGGUGAUGCGAUUAACAGUGUGUUAAGUUAAAGCGUUUCUUUUCCAUUGCCUUUCCUGCCAAGGUCAUUGGGUAGCCCAAACCACACUUCACCACACUCCUCCCUGUUCCGCUCUGUUCUAAGGUUUAUUUAUCUCACAUUUAGCAAGAGCUCUUAUUCCACCUAUCUGUUCCACUCUGCAUAUAACUUCAAAGAACUCACCAAAGGAAAGACAAACUGCUUUUUUUUUAUACAUAUCUCUUAUCUUUGUUGUUAACUUGGAAAUCUAUGGCCUAUGUAUUUACAAUGUCAGCCAGGCAAUGAUCAACUUCUAUUACACAUUGCCUGUUUUUUGUGAUUCAGGAAAUUGUCAAAUGGACCUUUGUUUUGAAAUAAAUUUACCAUUUUAUGGUUACACAUGUGUUUGAACUACGUAGUGAGAUGUUAGAAAUAUGCAUUGAAUGCAAAAUAUUAUCAGCACAGGAAAAUCCUCUGCAAUUUUUUUAAAAGCAAAGAAAAACUUAAAUUUUCAGUAUGAACAUAUAUGGUCAGUUAAGGUGCUCAAAUGAAAUGGAAUGAAAUAGAUUUGUAAGACUACAUGACAUGACAUUAGAACUGAAUGCAAGUUUUAUUUGAGGUAUCCGAGUAUUCAGUCAUGGCAUUUCUCUUGAUUUGUUUAAAGGCUACCAUUACAGAAAACAAAAUGCUUUAUUGACACUAACAGAAAUAAAAGAAUAAUUUGAA